UGUUUUUUUAAAAUGAUUAAAGUAAAAAAUACACAUGCUUUAUUUUUAUGGCCUUUUUUAACAAUAGUAUAUAUACAAGAAUUAAUUAAAUUUUAUUGUAAAGACACCGUUUUUCCUUCCAAAAGUGAUCAACCACACUUACUCAAUUUCACUUUAAAAUCGGUCGCUUAUAUUUCCCAAUAAUGUUUUAAUUAUUUAUUAAUACCACCUAUUAAAUAUGCCUCAACGAAUUAGAGUGAAACAGAGGAAGGAAAAAAGGCUGCCUAAUUUGACAUAUUUUUUGAUUGACAAAAAAUUUUUCCUUAAUUAAAUUAAUUUUUUCAAAAAAUAUUUCCACAAAAAUUUUUCCUCCAUUUUUGCAAAAGCAGGCCAACCAUUUAUCAUUCCAUUAAUUAUAAAGGUAAUACAGGCAAAUAAUAAUUUUUGUAGAAAAAUUCGAGUGAAGGAAGUUGCUCAAUUUGAAUCAGUAAAGAAUUGGGAAGAGGUGAUGGAGAUGUUGCUGUUGGAAGGCUUUAAAAAGAAUUU